UCUGAGUGAACGACACGACACACAGCGACACAGAGCAACUGCACACUUCAACCUCAGACAAAUCAAGGCACAGGAUGCGUUAUUGCAGUUUCUAGAUAUUUAUUUAAAUAGCUAUUUAAUAGCUUGUGUGUUUUUGCUAGAGUAGUUAAAUAGAGCUCAGCUGAUUUGAUAUUUGUGGAUUCCUGAUUUCUCAAAUGGAUUUUCCUCCAGAGAUCAGUGUUUUUAUUCUGUCUCUGACAGCGCCUUUUAUUCUCUACACAAUCAACAAUGUGUCCUUCUUACAAGAUUCACAGGUUAUACUGGCAAUAGGCAUUGCGGUUCUUACAACGAUAUUCCUCCUGGCAAACCUCAGCGUCAAGAGUAAAACAUCCACCGACCCUCUCUUCUACGUGUUUGCCGUGUUUUCCUUCACCUCUGUUGUCAGCAUCACCAGUGCUCUGCAGCACCAUGGAUUUAUCAAGGGCUUUAUGGACUUUUAUAUAAGCAAGGGGGAGCCGUACCUGAACACAGCCCACGGCAUCAUGAUGAGCUACUGGGACGGAGUCCUUCACUACGGUCUGCUCCUCAUCAUGGUCCACCGCAUGACUGCAGGGAAGCCGUUUCGCAGUUUGGCUCUCGUAUGGGCCGGAUCCAUGAUCGCCAGUCAGAUCGUCUUAAUCACAGGCAUUGUAGUAGGUAAAUAUGGAAAAAACCUCCUCCCUGCUUUCUGGAGAAACGGCUUUUCUCUGGUUUUACCCAUAUGGGCGGCGACAAAGCUCUUCAACAGGCCGAGAGAGCUGUCAAUCAUUCCUGCUGACAAGGUGGAGGUGGAGCAGAAGAAAACGCUGCUGUCUCGUCCCACAGACCUGCUGCUCACGCUGGGCCUCGUAGGAAGCAUCAUCUUCACUGCGUUCAGAGGCUUUGUGGUUCUCGAAUGUUCUCUGGAUUUUUGCUUUACCUACAUCUUCCAGUACGAGCCGUACAUGAAAGACAGCGUUGGCUUUCCAAAAGUCACGAUGCUGGUGUUCUUCUUCUAUGUUUUGCCGCUCCUGGCGGCGUGUGUUUAUGGGCUUCACGCUCCUGGAUGCACAUGGAUGCUGGACUGGACUCUGGUCCUCGCAGGAGCUGUAGCUCAGAUGCAGUGGACUCACCUGGGCUCGUCUGUUCACUCGCGCACACCGUUCACCUACAGGAUCCCCAAAGACGAGUGGAGGCAGGUGGUCACGCUGAACCUGCUGUACGCGGCCGUGCCCGUCCUCCUCGCCGUCCGCUGCUACAUGGACCAGACCUUCUUCAUGAAGAGCGUUCCUCAGGAGCAGGCCAGCAACGGCAAGAAGAAUUAAAACCAUCAGCAUUCACAUGCAAGAACAUACAGGACAGUGAAGCGUUUCAGAAGAGAGACUCUAGACUCAUAGAUUAUUUGUAAAAGCAUCAAUAUAUCAGUGGCUAUAUCUGUAUCUGCCAGUAUUAGUGGUUUUGAAAUGUCCAGCGAAGCCUUUCGGUCUGAUCCCAGCCAACAAAAAGAAGUUCUAAGACGUUUUGCUAACGUUCCCAUCAAGUUCAAACGUUCAAAAGGUCCAGUUAAAAAUGUUACGUUAAUGGAACAUUCCAUUGUAUCACUUUGCAACAUUAAGGAAAUGUUACUUUUGAAUGUUCUAUGAACAUUCUAAAACAAGUAACAUUUAAAAAACGUUAAACACUACAAAGUUCCAUUAACAAUGUAUAGACAUUUUGAAAUCAUUGUUAAAGACCAGAACAUUUUGAACAUUUUAUUAACGUGACUGGAAGAACGUAAUCGAGAGAACCUUUUCAGAACAUUCCCUGUUAUUAUGAGCAGAUACAAGUAUUUGGGCUUCUUUUUUCCAAUUCAAGCAGUAAAUUCUUUUUCUGUACUAGGUUAUAAAAUAUUUCAGUCAUAACAGUCAUGCAUUUUUUUAUUGUCAGUAUCAGUUUGAUUCAAAUAAUAUUAGACAGAUGCCUGAUUUUAUUUAUUUUAUUAUAAGCAUGGUACUGUUUGUGAACACAAAAAAAGGGCAAAACCCUUUUUUAUUGACCAUGACAAAAUAAUUGUUGGUUUAUUGGUAUCGACCAAAAUGUCAGUGAUCCGUUUUUUCUUUUUUACGUGGUGUUUUGUAGCUUUGUUCAAGUGUAAAGUGUGUGAAACAGAUCUCAGCCAGGUUUAUCUCUGGUCAGUUGGUGAAAUCUCAAUAAAUAUGGACUCUGGACUAGUUUACAUCACUCUCAGAGACGCUCAGGGUGUGUUUUGUAGUUUUUUUGCUGCAAGGACUGUAUUUCAUUCACUAGAGUUAUUUUCUUAAAUUAGUAUACGUUAUUAAAACAGUACCUGAUUGGGUGAAUCUCACAAAAAAAGAAAAAAAAACUCAUCCAGGGUGAGAUAUGGGGUUGAAAUAGUCAUAAAAACUGUCUUUUUAUAUGAAGUAUAAAGAUACAAAUGAUGUCCUUUUGUCAAAUGUCCAAUAUGACCUGAACAUGUUCUUGGCAGAUUCACCCAUGUUUUACUUGAUAUUUUUUUGUAUGAUUUUCUAUAUUGUAUAGUGUUUUCCCAAACACUUUUCUGCGGUACGUGUGCUCUUUGCCUGUCAUGAUCCCUCAUAUCUCGUCUUGUGAAAUUCGCUGUUUAUUAUUCUUUGCGUUGGGCUCCAAAGGGAACACGGGGGCACGGGUUCAGCAGGGAGAUAUAUUUAUAGCAUUGCAACACAGUGAAACUAGAUUCAUUUAAAGAUAUCUAGGCAUGAACUGAUCUGUCACAUUUCUUCCUCGUCCAAUCAAAUCUCUGACCUUUGCUCUGUAGCUGAUGACAUCACGGGGAUGAU